AUGCACCAAAUAAUUUGCCCGCUCUUGCACAGUGAGAGUCCCAUCGUGGGGGGUCCGAUCGACGACAGAGUUGGGAAACAUCGGACGCCGAACAUUCUCAAACAUGGAACACUAGAACCAGACGACGGUCUAACGUUACCCAUUAGCAGAGCCCGAGGUUCUCCUUCAAAAGAAGUUGGAAUGGAGGGCCCAUCGAGCGGCAAAGAGGACGGGGCAAGCAAAAUGUUGGGCGACGCGGCCGUUUCGGAGAUGCCGGUGAAUCGUCACGGCAACAUGAGAGUUGCUUCGAGCGACCCCGACUUGUCCCAAAUCAUGAAGGAAAUCAAGUCUUCUAAGUCCCCUGCAGCAAUCAACUAUGGCGCCUCUUGGUGUCAUGUGUGUAGUCAGAUUCUCCCAGCUUUCUGCCAGUUGAGCAACAGCUUUCAAAAAUUGUCAUUUGUGUAUGCGGAUAUUGAUGAGUGCCCAGAAACAACGCAGCACAUUCGCUACACACCUACCUUUCAUUUCUACCGUGACGGAGAAAGGGUGGACGAGAUGUUCGGUGCCGGAGAAGAGCGACUCCAUGAUCGCUUGUGGCUGCAUUCCUGAAUGUCAAACUUGUUAUGAAUGUCUAGUGGCAGAAUUCUUUCGUAGUCAUGCUUCUUAUAAAACAUAUAUGUAGUGCAGCAGAUUAUAACGUGUAUUUGCUGUGAUUGCUGAUUCUUAAGAAUGGCAAAGAUUAGCUUUCAGCUCA